ACAAACGCUCCCUGUGACUAACAGUUAGCGUGCUUACGAGAGUACGCAGAAGCUAAAUAGAUAUCCCAAAAUGGCAACGGCAAUUUACUUGGAGCAUUAUCUUGACAGCAUAGAAAAUCUACCAUGUGAGUUACAGAGGAACUUCACCUUGAUGCGGGACCUGGACAACAGAACCGAAGAAAAGAAAGGCGAGAUCGACAAGCUGGCGGAGGAGUACAUAGCGAAUGUGAAGAACCUCGCCUCGGAGCAGAGAGUGGAACACCUGCAGAAGAUCCAGAACGCCUACAGCAAGUGCAAAGAGUUCAGUGAUGACAAAGUCCAGCUUGCCAUGCAGACGUAUGAAAUGGUGGAUAAACAUAUCCGCAGACUGGAUGCAGAUCUGGCUCGGUUUGAGAACGAGCUGAAGGAGAAACUAGAACUGAGCGGCUAUGAAAGUGCAGACGGAAGAGCGCUGAAAAAGAGCGAGAUGCGGAGCCAGAGAGAGAAGCGUGGGUCCAGGGGUCGAGGAAGGAAGGGCUCCGACGAAGAUUCUCCCAGAAAGAAGAAGAAGGCCAGUCCGGACCUGAGCGACACCCUCCUGCCGAUGCAACCAUCAGACGUUUUGGACAUGCCGGUGGACCCCAACGAGCCGACGUACUGCCUGUGCCACCAGGUCUCCUAUGGAGAGAUGAUCGGAUGUGAUAAUCCUGAUUGUCCCAUCGAGUGGUUCCACUUUGCUUGUGUCGACCUCGCCACGAAACCAAAAGGAAAAUGGUUCUGUCCGAGGUGCACUCAAGACAGGAAGAAAAAAUGAGAUUUUCCUUUCAGGAAUGACAACCUACUUUUGUGUUGUUGGCGUCACUAAAUAGUCUAGUUUGUAUUUUGUUUCAGCAAUACUCCGUUUUAAGAAGACAACUUUCCUUAAAAACCUUAUCCAGAUUUGGUGUAAAGCUACUUUUGUGACAUAUAUCCUCACCAGCUUCCCCCCAUGUUCCCUUCCCUCUUUAAAUUUUAGCACAUCCGUCUCUGUCUUGUAGCUUUAAAUCAAAUUGUCAUACAGUACAUUUACUGUGUUGUCCGGGUCUUGUCAGAAAGUCUCUCCUUUUCGAGCAAGAAGAUGUAAAUACUGUCUUGACUAACGGAGUCGCAGAUCCAAGAUCGUUGCUUUAGCAUACUUGAAAUGUCGGUUUUAUAAACAACUAUUUUUAAAAAAAAAACAAAUUAACGAGCCUGCUGAGAAUUACAUUUAAAACACCUAUAUAUCCUUACGGAAACAACGGUGGU